GCUUGGGCUUAUCACGUUAGUUCGUUGACAAAAGUACGAUGUAUAGACCGUGUUUAAAAUCUAAAGUAUUUGAAAAUCAAGUUCCAUUUAUGUGGUGCAGCAAGCAAGGCAGCGGUGCCGAACUGUUGGCACCCGAUUCCAUUGGGGACUGGUCAAUGCCGGAUUUCGGGAAUGCUGGCGACGGCGAUAAUGAGCAGGCGCCCCCCACAGCCAUUGUUAUUGUGGAGCCACGUCAAAUGCGUCUCUCGACUGCCAGCACCGCCACCAUCCCCAACAGCAUCAGUGUAAGUAACGGUAUAAGUAUCAGUCAUAAUAAUGGUGGUGGUGUUGGUGGUGGUGGCGGUGGCGUAAGUGUUAAUAAUAGCAGCAGCGCCAAUAUCGCCGGCCAUGUGCCCGAGUGGUUUAUGCUGCCACAGGCCGUGGAUGUGAAUAAUGAUGUGAUGUGCCUGGUUAGCAGCCUCUCGACGGUGGUCCAGAUCCUGACCCGGAUGACCAAUGCGGCUGCCCAAGAGCUGCGUCAACACCCCGAACGGGAAGAGGGAUUCCAAGGUCUUCGACUUUUGCUUACCUAUGCCGAUCAGAUGUAUACCACGCUGUUGCAGCCCCAGCCCUUGUCGCCGGAGCGGCCCGCCUCGCCCAAUAGGAAUGUCAGCGCCCAGUCGUAUAAUCUAUUCCAUCAUCUCUUCGAGCCCAUGCUGGUGGGUUCCCAUUCGGAGAGGACGGAGGACGUGUCGGUGCGGCAAUCGCAAGCAAUGGAUCGAUCACGUGCCUAUCCGUAUCGCGUUGUGGCCGUUGCGGCCAGUGCGACAAGUAUUGCAGGUAUCAGUUCACCUGGGCAGGAAGCGAACGGAUCAAGUGCAUCUUCAUCGACAAUCGACGCAAAUAUGUAUCAGAUUUGAAAUUGACAUGGCGACAGCUACACUGCAGCAAUGCGGCUUAAAUUGUUUGUGAAUAAAUUAAUUCCAAUAAAA